CAAAUUAAAUAAACCUCCUGAAAGUAACGUGAUUAGUCUACUACUCUAGUCCUACGUCGAUUGGAUCAAAUUAAAUUAAAUAAAUAUACUUAACAUUAUUUCUUUAAACUAUAGUAUCACGUUUAAUUAGAUCAAGGUCAACCAGUUACACCCAGCUGCCUCUCUAAUAUGGAACCUGAAACAGAUCUUGUUUCUUCCACACACAGUACUGCAAAGCAAAUCCAUUCGCUCCAUCGGAGUCGGACCGCUCUUUCUCGGCAGAGCUACGUCGUCGUCGUUAAUUAUAAUUGCCGCGCUGAACCAAAUUAAUACUAGGAUGAUAGUUUUUCUGUGAACCAUCGAUCAGCGUCACGUUUGGAUGAGGUCAACCAGUUACGCCGAACCUGCCUGAUAUUCAAACGAGAUCUUGUUUCUCUGAUUGCCAGUCUAGCAAUGGCCAAAAAGCCAGCUCAAAACAAAUCCACUCGCUCCAUCAGAGUCGGACCACUCUUCCUCGCCGGGGUCACGGCAACUCUACUCCUCUUGACUCACUGGUACUUCUCCCAACCUUGGCCCGGCUUUUCAAAAACCCCGAAAAACGGUGUAUUGGCUUCCGACGGCGUCACGGCGGCCUACUGCUCGGCCGCACCCGCCGCGGAUGACCUCCGCCGUGAGCCGCGGAACACGACGUUUUACGACGACCCGAGGCUGAGUUACUCGAUCGAGGAGCCGAUGAAAAACUGGGACGAGAAGCGGGGGGAGUGGCUCAAGAACCACCCAGGCUACGCCGGCUCCGGCGAACGGAUACUCCUCGUCACGGGGUCACAGCCCUCCCCUUGCCCGAACCCGAGCGGGGACUACCUGUUAUUGAGAUUGUUCAAGAACAAGGUCGACUACUGCCGGCUCAACGGCUACGAUAUCUUCUACGGCAACACGUUGCUGCACCCGAAAAUGCGGUCCUACUGGGCCAAGUUACCCUUGAUCCGGGCCGCGAUGUUGGCCCACCCGGAAGCCGAGUGGAUCUGGUGGGUCGACUCGGACGCCGUCUUCACCGAUAUGGACUUCAAGGUCCCGUUGAGAAGGUACAAGGAUCACAACCUCGUCGUCCACGGCUGGUCCCACCUGGUCUACGAGAAGAAGAGUUGGCAGGGGCUCAACGCCGGCGUUUUCUUGAUCCGAAACUGCCAAUGGUCCAUGGAUUUCAUGCAAUUGUGGGCCUCCAUGGGCCCGCACAGCCCGGAGUAUCACAAGUUCGCCCAACUCCAGAUAUCGGUGUUUUCCGACAGGUUUCCGACGAUCGACGACCAGUCGGCGCUGAUUUACCUGUUGUUGAAGGAGAGAGAGAAAGGGACGAACAAGGCUUACAUUGAAGAGGAGUACUACUUGCAGGGCUACUGGAAGGACGUGGUGGGAACGAUCGACGACGCGAAGGAGAGCUACGAGAGGAUGGAGAAAGGGGUGGCCCGGUUGAGGAGGCGGCACGCAGAGAAGACGAGCGUGGACUACGCCGCGCUGAGGGAGCAGUACCUCAAGGCCGCCGGGUACGGUGAGGGAAGCGGGAGGCGGCCGUUUGUCACGCACUUCACCGGGUGCAAGCAGUGCAACGGGCACCGGAACCCGACGUACAACGGGGACACUUGCUCGGUGUUGAUGGAGAGGGCAUUGAAUUUUGCCGAUAACCAGGUGCUUCGCAGGUACGGUUUCGUGCGGCCGGAUCUGCUGAAUUCUUCCCACUCGUUAGUCGUGCCGUUUGAUUUUCCGGCGGAGGACAUUGGAGUAUACUAGUAACUAGCAGCAUUUUCUUUUGUCAAUUGCUUGGAAACUUGGUUAAAAUUGAAAUCUGUCAUUCUUGCUAGGUCAUUACUACUGUACGUUCCAUAAGCUUGCUAGCUUUUAGGUUCCCGCCAUCUGAAAAAAGCUAAUUUUUCGAUGUGUUUAUGAGGUGGGAUUGGGAGUCGAAUUUCUUGUCGAAUGGUUAAUGUUAUUGAUGUUUUUAAUAAAAACCAAAGAAUUAUUACUCCA